UCUAUAAGAUCUGUUAUAGUUGCCCGUAGUAUUGUCACGCAUUUCGCCUCUUUUCAACAUCGUUGUCGCUGUCAAAUAGAUUUAGGUCUGUAUAAUGUUACAUGAAAGGACGCUAUAAGACGAGUAUGAAUUAUAUGUAUAAAGUUGGAUAUUUCGGCAUUGUCUAAAUUAAAAUGUUACACUUUUAUUUGCAUGCUGCUCGACUUCUUAUAUAAAAUAUUUUGGCUCGCACCCACUCGCGAGCUGCCGAGGAACGUUUGAGGAAAUGUCGAAUUGUUGAUUAUUAUGUGAUCUGGGUCUUUUUCGAACGGAUCAAGCCAAGGAAUAAGCAAGGUCUAGCUAUCCAUCUUCCCCAACAACAGAAAGUAAAAUGGAGCAACCAGAGACAGACAGCGAAGAUGAGAUGCCUCCAGGAUGGGAGGAGCGAUGCACAGCAGAUGGACUUGUAUUUUAUGCACAUCAUAGCUCUCAGACAACCCAGUGGCAACAUCCCAGAACUAACAAGAGGAAAAAAGUUACUGGAGAAUUACCCUAUGGAUGGGAAAGACAGAUAACAGAAGACGGAAAAGUGUUCUUUGUAGAUCACAUCAACCACAAGACUACCUACACAGAUCCUAGACUAGCCUUUGCAGUUGAGGAGAGCAAUACAAUCAAUGAUCUGCGGCAGAGAUUUGACAGCAGUUCGACAGGUCUCCAAGUACUUCAUGGGAGGGACCUCACAGGGCGUGUUGCUGUCAUUACAGGUGCUAAUAGUGGAAUAGGAUACGAAACAGCCCGAACUCUGGCAUAUCAUGGAUGCACAGUUGUGUUUGCUUGCCGGAGUAUAAACAAAGCAGAAAAUGCAAUAUCAAAAAUCCAGGCUCAGAGGCCAAACGCAUCAUGCCAUGCUUUGCACAUCGAUUUAGCAUCCCUUGAAAGUGUGCGGACUUUUGCACAAACUUUUGCCAUUAAGUUUGACCGAUGUGAUAUACUGAUAUUAAAUGCGGGAGUUUUUGGCCUACCUCACACCUUAACUGCAGAUGGGCUUGAGACCACAUUCCAGGUCAACUACUUAUCACAGUUUUACCUCGCUGUGCUACUGCAGCCAAUACUUUCUCGCUCGGCACCUGCACGUGUUGUGUUUGUCUCAGCUGAAGCACACAGAUUUGCAACUCUGAAUGAAGCUUGCCCAGAAGAAGAGUUAUCACCCCCCCACAAGGCAACAUAUGAUUCUAUAAUUGCUUAUUGCAACUCUAAACUCUGCAACGUGUUGACAGCCCUGGAGAUGCAACGGAGAUUUG